AUGAAAAAUUCAUUACACGUCACAGAGUUGUCUCUUUACGAUAUUGCCAAUGUUGCUGGAGUUGCUGCGGAUUUAAACCACAUUGAGACCCAUCCGAAAGUUAUCGGUUACACCGGGCAAGAAAAUCUAAGCACUGCUUUAGUUGGCGCUAAAGUGGUUCUUAUUGCUGCCGGCGUAUCACGGAGACCGGGCAUGAGUCGUGAUGAUCUUUUUGACAAAAAUGCACCUAUUGUUGCUGAUCUUGUCAGAGCUUGUGGAAAAUCUUGUCCAGAGGCUAUGAUUUGCUUAAUCACAAACCCAAUUAACAGUACAGUCCCAAUUGCUGCUGAAAUUCUCAAAAAGGAGGAGGCUUACAAUCCCAAACGGCUCUUCGGUAUUACUACAUUGGAUAUAAUUCGAACGAAUACAUUCAUCGCUCAAGCGAAGGACUUGGAUGUCUCAAAAGUUUCCUGUCCAGUUGUCGGUGGUCACUCUGGUAGCACAAUCGUUCCUAUCUUCUCUCAAUGCAAUCCCGCAGUCGCACUUCCACGUAGAGUGUUGGAGGAAUUGGUGGCUCGCAUACAAAAUGCCGGAACAGAUGUGGUGAAUUUGAAAGCUGGGGAGGGCUCAUCAACUUUGGCAAUGGCUUAUGCUGGUGCCCGCUUUGCCAAUUCUCUUCUGCACGCUAUGAAAAGUCGUGCCGAGAUAGUGGAGUGUGCCUUCGUUGAGAGCGAAGUGGCUGAGACCGAUUUCUUUGCUUCUCCUGUACUACUUGGACCCAAUGGAGUCGAAAAGGUCUUUGGCACUGGUAAUGUUAACAAAUAUGAGACUGAACUACUGAAGAACGCCAUCCCAGAAUUGAAGAAGAAUAUCCAAAGAGGAAAAGAUUUUGCUGCUACAUACUAG